CCCUCCUCCCGCACAACCGGGUUUCGGUCUUUCGGGCUGAGCAGGAAGCGAUCGGUGGGGGGAGGAAAAAUAAUAAUAAAACUACUACUACUACCACCACCAGCGAAGAAAAUGGAGAUGGUGUGUGAGAACGGCCCGCGCCGACCGUACAGGACACCGAGCGAGGCGGAUCGGCAGCCGGUGCACAGAUGGACGAGCGCCGACAUGUCUGCCAACCACCACAGUUGCCUCCUGAAGCAGUUGGACCAGCAGCGACGCCAGGAGCUGUUCUGCGACUGCAACGUACUGGUCGGUGGACGCCUUUUCCGGGCGCACCGAAACGUCCUAUUCGGGAGCAGCGGCUACUUCCGAAUGCUGCUGUCUCAGGGUGCGCGGGACAGCCUGGAACCUGCCAGGGCCUCGUUCGACGCCUUCAGCCCCGACACCUUCGCCACCAUCCUAGACUUCGUGUACUCGGGUCACCUGGCUCUGGGCAGCGGCAAUGUCAUCGAGGUGAUGUCCGCUGCCAGCUACCUGCAGAUGGACAACGUCAUCGCCUACUGCAAGGCCUUCAUCGAGUCCUCGCUGGAAAUCAGCGCCAAGGAGGCGACCGAGGACGCCCUGCCUCCUCAGAGUGUCCUGUGGGAGCACCAGGACGACGGCAAGGACGACGACGAGUACGAGGCGGAGGUGACGAACGAUCAGAGCCUGCAGUGCCAGACGGUUCUGGAGGCAGGCUUGAAGGAAGAGCAGGCGGAGCAGUUCGAUGGAGUUUCUGAGCCCAAGAGGAGAGGAACCAGGAAAAGAUCGGCCACUCAUCGUUACAGCCCGGAUGAGAGUUUGCCGAUCGACCUCCAGGGGGCAACGACGGGCACACAGAAAGCAGACGAGCUCUAUGCCACCCUGCCUACCAUCGUAGGUGUCGUGGGGGUUUUCAAUAAAGACUCCGCCCCCACAGUGCGCUUUAAGUGCCCGUUCUGCACACACACGGUGAAGAGGAAGGCGGAUCUGAAGAGACACCUGAGGUGCCACACGGGCGAGAGGCCGUACCCCUGCCAAGCCUGCAGUAAACGCUUCACUCGUCUCGAGCACCUGCGCAGCCACUUUGAGACAAUCCACCAGGCGCGUAAGCUGGUGUGCCGGAAGUGUAAGCGGCAUGUGACGGAGCAGAACAGCCGUGUGGUGUGUGAGGGCUCACGCCGAUACCGGCUCUGUGAAGCGUGUCUGCAGGAAAGCGGCCUGGUGGCACAUGAUGGCACCGACGCUAACACGGAGGAGCCAGGUCUUCUGCUGGGGGUGGAGGAGGAACUGGAGGGAAACCGCAAUGCCUCGUGGGGGAUGGAGGAUGAGGAUGACCUUGCUGAGGAUUCAGGAACUGACCUCAUCAUUCAGGAAGUGGAUGACAGUGACGAGGAGCCCAGCGCAAAGUGACGCUAGUGUGCGUGUGUGUGUGUGUGUGUGUGCAUGUGAGAGCAAUUUGCACCAAAUUCAGCUUCACUUCUUUUAAAUACGGGCAUCUUUGAAUCAAAGAAAAAUGUUCUAUACGUGUAUAAAUUGUAUUAUUAAAAAAAGUAUGUAAAUAGUUUAUUUCAAUAUCACAGUUGGUUAAAUGACUUCCUCUUGCUUCUUAUAUCAGGAAACGAAUAAUCUUGCAACGUAAUAUUUUGGCACGAGCAGUCCGAAUUUCCUGCAUUUUCCUAUGACUUAUGAAUUCUUUUAUCUACGUUAACGUUCACUUCGCCAAAUAUUUUCACCAGUUGUAAAGAUUCCCAAUAAUCUGUGUCCGAGCGUUGUCCGAGCGCCUUUCUUUACAUCACCGUUUGAACAAUCAAGCGUCGUUUUCUCUUAAUGUUUCAUGGACAAUUUUAUGGAAAUGAAUACACUUUGCACUCCUCUAUCAAUCAUUAUUAUUAUUAUUAUUAUUGUUAUUAUUAUUGUUAUUAUUAUUAUUAUUGUUAUUGUCAUUUUGUUGCUCAGUAAGACAAUGAUGGUAUCUUAUUUUUACUUUUUUAUAAAUAAAAAUACAUUUAUUAUCACAUUUGUUAUAAAGCGGAUUAAAUUCUUACUAUAGUAUGGCAGAAGUCAUUGCUCCUUUAUUUUUUUUUUUAAGUGACUGCUUAGUCGUG